GGGCACGGCGGCAGGGGCGUGCUCAGAGGACGCGCGCUGGACUACUCCUCCAAAGGGCAGCUCCGGGGGAAAGAGGGUGGCGUCCCGGGGAAGCCCGCAGCCGCCGCCGAUGUCGCUGGGACUCGGAAGUGCCGAAAGAGGGGUGUUGGGAACUCGCGGCGCGCGUGAACGUUGCCGUCGCCGCCGCCCGGGACAGCCCGGAGAAACUCUCAGUGUGGGCAUCGGGAAUCUUCGUGCCUAGGAGCCAUGCUGCCCCGAUGGGAACUGGCACUUUACCUACUUGCCUCACUAGGCUUCCACUUCUAUUCCUUCUAUGAAGUUUACAAAGUCUCCAGAGAACAUGAAGAGGAGCUGGACCAGGAAUUUGAGCUGGAGGCUGAUACUUUAUUUGGAGGAUUAAAGAAGGAUGCGACUGACUUUGAGUGGAGCUUCUGGAUGGAAUGGGGGAAGCAGUGGCUGGUGUGGCUUCUCCUUGGCCACAUGGUAGUGUCUCAAAUGGCCACACUGCUGGCAAGAAAGCACAGACCCUGGAUUCUAAUGCUCUAUGGGAUUUGGGCCUGCUGGUGUGUGCUGGGGACCCCUGGUGUGGCCAUGGUUUUGCUGCAUACCACCAUCUCUUUCUGCGUGGCCCAGUUCCGGUCUCAGCUCCUGUCGUGGCUCUGUACUUUCCUCCUGCUCUCCACACUGAGGCUGCAGGGUGUGGAGGAAGUUAAGAGAAGGUGGUACAAGACAGAAAACGAGUACUACCUGCUGCAGUUCACGCUGACUGUUCGCUGCCUCUACUACACCAGCUUCAGCCUGGAGCUCUGCUGGCAGCAGCUGCCUGCUGCAUCGACCUCCUACUCCUUUCCCUGGAUGCUGGCCUAUGUCUUUUAUUAUCCAGUCUUCCACAAUGGGCCCAUCCUCAGCUUCCCGGAGUUCAUCAAACAGAUGCAGCAGCAGGAGCAUGAAUCCCUGAAGGCCAACCUGUGUGUCCUGGCCCUGGGGCUGGGCCGCCUUCUUUGCUGGUGGUGGCUGGCCGAGCUGAUGGCUCACCUGAUGUACGUGCACGCCAUCUACAACAGCAUCCCCCUCCUGGAGGCUGUCUCUGGUUGGACGUUAGGAGGACUGGCGUUAGCCCAGGUGCUCUUUUUCUACGUGAAGUACUUGGUGCUCUUUGGCGUGCCGGCUCUGCUCAUGCGCCUGGAUGGACUCACUCCGCCCGCCCUCCCUCGCUGCGUGAGCACCAUGUUCAGUUUCACCGGGAUGUGGAGGUAUUUUGAUGUUGGACUGCAUAAGUUCUUAAUCAGGUAUGUGUACAUUCCAGUGGGCGGGUCCCAGCAUGGCCUGCUGGGGACACUGUUUUCCACGGCGAUGACAUUUGCAUUUGUGAGCUACUGGCAUGGCGGCUACGACUACCUCUGGUGCUGGGCAGCGCUCAACUGGCUGGGAGUCACUGUGGAGAAUGGAGUCCGGAGGCUGGUGGAGACUCCCUGCAUCCAGGACAAUCUGGCCCGAUACUUCUCCCCACAAGCUCGCCAUCGAUUCCACGCUGCCCUUGCGUCUUGUUCCACCUCGAUGCUGAUCCUGUCCAACCUGGUGUUUCUGGGGGGCAAUGAGGUUGGGAAAACCUACUGGAAUAGGAUCUUCAUACAAGGCUGGCCAUGGGUGACCCUCUCUGUCCUGGGAUUCCUGUACUGCUACUCCCACGUGGGCAUUGCCUGGGCCCAGACCUACGCCAUGGACUAAUGCUGUUGGGUCCAGGCCAGUCCUUGCUGCUGGCCUCCAAGGCAAACAGUGCUUCACCCUGACCUCUCACUCCAGCACAGACUCUAAGGGAUUUGAUCUGUUCAUUUUCGGUUGAAUGUUCUCACUCCAAGACUGGAUGCUAGAUGUCAUAGAAAAUUCACAGCCAAACAAUCUUCUAACCUCAAGUCUUUGAAAUCUUCUACCCCAACCCAUCAUUUUCCUAUUGAGGAAGCUGGGGUCCAGGGCAGUUUUGUGUCUUGCCCAACUACACAAGGUGACAUUUUGGUCUAGAACCUACUCUCAUGAGCCCUUUGCAUUCUUUCCCCUUAAGCAAGAAUAGAAUGUAGUGGACAUUUAUUGAUUGAGACACAGAAAUCCUGAUUAGUGAUAGGCCUGUCUUCUGGGCGGUAUUUCUAAAAUAUUUGAGUGACAUUGAUGUUUAAGUGACCUCCUUUAUCACAUCCCACAGUGUCUCUAGAAGCAGCACUAGGGUUUGAGCUUCACACUUCAGCCCCUCUGUAGGAAGGAGAGCAAGCCACAGCUGUCUUUUGAAUUACCUAGUCCAAGAAGACAGUAGCAGCCCUGUAGCAUUCUAAGGCAUCCGUACCCAAGGAGUCCUGUGAUUUGAGCUUCAGCAGGGUGAUCUACAUUUGCGUGCUUGUUUCUGAGAUUUGCAGAGAAGUAUAACAUGGUAGUUCCUCUACCUUACAGUUAAUAGUUUCUUAAUAAAGAAGCAGCAUUUAGAAACCACAGGAUAGUGUAUCCACAGAUGGGUGCUAUCAGGCUAGUCAUGAGGAUGGUGUCCUGGAGUCUUGUCCACCCUCUCCACACGUCUCAAAAGUCAUCCUCCUAUUCAGUGAUUCACCUUUAGUGGUUUAUAUUGUUAUGGUUUGAUUCAAAUGGAGCCUUUUCUGUCAUGUAGAUAAUCUACAUGUUUGUAGAAUUAUUUUUAAUAUGUUUGAGGAAAAUGUUUAAAAUCUAAAUAUAUUCACAUAACUUGAUUAUUCACUCCUCUAAAAAGAUGCUGGAUAGGCUACGAAAGGUCCCAAGUGGUAGAUAAUUCAGGAUACUUCUGUUUGAAUUUGGAAUUUUUUUUUUUUUGAGUGGGGAGGGGUAAAGGAGCCUUAAAAUUUGAAUCCAUAAUAUGUCUAAUUACAGGAGAAUUUACAAGCAUCUCAAGUAGGUGAAUUAAGUUGUCAUUGAGUGAAAGGUUCACCUGGACCUAGUGCUGCCUCCUGUUUAUUACAUAGCAUGGCCCUUAUGUCUUGAGUUGAGGUUAUCAACUCAAUGAGGCUUAAACUCCUAGAGUACAGGACAAUUUUGUUGACUGUCUUUCUUCAUAGCUUCUCUGCUUGGCAAAGAGAUGGGAGGGGGGCCAGAUACUGACUACCCUGGGUAGGCACAUUAUGUGUUAACUGAAGCAAAAGACAGAGGCCAGAGAGGGGCAGGUAGACCUGCAUAGCAGCAGCCUCAGCAGCUGUCUUGGUAAAGGAGAGAGAGAGAGACAUGGGGCCGGUGAUUCCAGGGUGCUCAGAAGUUUUAGGAAGGAAUGAGCCUCAGGGAGGAGUGGGCACCUACAUGAAUGCAGUAAACCUUCAUGGACUAACACUGAUUCAGGAUUUGUGGCCAGCCAGAGGGAGUUCGGCUGAAGUUUACUUGGAAAGAAAGGGCUUGCUAAGAAAAAAAGGAGUAUAAAAAUGAUGAUAUGGAAGUGUCUAAUGUAUGUGUACAUGUAAGUAAUACAAAAGUUUUGAGCUCUUCCAAGUAUACCAUUUAUAGAAAAACAAAUAGGCUUAUUCAUUCAUUAAACUAUUUUGGAAGAGUCAGUGGAUAUAUUUGAAAGUGGUAAUCCUGAAUUUCUUUUAAACUAUUAUAUGAUUCAUAGUGGUUCUCAGGAAUUAAUAAAUGAUUACUGUGUUUAGCUCUG